UACUUUCAAUGGCGAAUCCGUAAUUAAGGUGAAGAAGAAGCCCACUUACCUCAGAAAUGCCAUCACCAAAAUGAAAUCAAUAUCAGCAGAAAUUGGUGGGCUGAGGCUUAUGACGCAGAUUUCGAGGUAAGAGCGGGACGCCCCUCCACCACCGCCGGAGAAACCUCGAGAGCAGACGCAGAUUCAUGGCGGCCUCAGCAGCGGCGAGGGCUGUCCUAAUAUCACGCGCCGCCGAUUUAUCGCUUAAACCCACCCUAUCUGCUCAGCCGCCGCUCGCGCACCACCUCUUCAUCCGUCCCUUGCUACCGGCGGCCCCGAGGAAGCGCGCCGCGAUCAGCUGCCUGAUUUCCGGCGUCGACGGCGGUGGAGUCUCCGACGAGUUCGUCUCCACCAGGAAAUCGGGGUUCGGGCACGAAUUCUCCGUCAUAGCGAACAUGCUGAAUAGAAUCGAGCCGCUCGACAAUUCUGUUAUCUCCAAGGGGGUUUCGGAUUCGGCUAAGGAUUCGAUGAAGCAGACGAUCUCCACGAUGCUCGGGCUUCUGCCUUCGGAUCAGUUCUCCGUCACAGUUAGGGUUUCGAAGCACCCGCUUAAUCGUCUCCUAGUUUCAUCUAUCGUCACUGGGUACACUCUGUGGAAUGCAGAGUACAGGAUAUUAUUGAUGAGGAAUUUUGAUAUUUCGCCGGAUAGUUCAAAGAGGUCUGAAAAUACGGAGAAUGAUGGGGCCUCGGAGGUGAGGUGGGAGUCGAGUGAUGGUGAAAAGGGUGUUGGUGCCGGAGUUGAAGGUUGUGCGGAAGAAUUGGAGAAAAUGAAUCUUCAAAUUUUUGGGGAUUUGCCUCCAGAAGCAUUAAACUAUAUUCAGCAAUUAGAACUGGAGUUGUCCACAGCCAAGAAGGAGCUUCAUUCUCGGAAACAGGAAAACUUGGAAAUAGAGCAUAUAAGAAAGAGUAAUAACAAUCUGCUGGAGUACUUGAGGUCCUUGGAGUCUGAUAUGGUAACAGAGCUAUCUCGACCAUCAUCACCAGAGGUGGAGGAGAUCAUCCAGCAACUUGCUCAAAAUGCACUGCGGAAAUUUUUCAAAGACGAUGCCACCCCAGAUUAUGAGGGGAACAUGGCUUUAAGCAGCAUGCAGAACUACGAAGAUACGGAUAAGGCACUUUGUGAUGAUAUCAUUGGCACGUCACGGGAUUAUUUGGCCAAGCUGCUUUUCUGGUGCAUGUUACUGGGCCACCAUCUAAGAGGGUUGGAGAACAGAUUGCAUCUAAAUUGUGUUGUUGGUUUGUUAUAAUGAAGUACAAAGAGGGAUGUACAUUCUUCUUUCACCCUUUUCAUGAUUUUGCCUUUACUUUUUAUUUUUCCAGCUUUAUAGUAUUACUUACUUUAUAUUCAAAUAAUUUAAAAAUAUAUACAUCUUCUGUAAA